AUGAGCCAAGAAGCACACUCUGAUGCACUGCCCGUCACAAAUCAAGAAAUCCGUGCCAGCAUACUGGCCAGUAUCUACGGCAUGGAUUUUGAAGCGGGGAAGAAAGAUGAGGCUGAGGGGGUCCAGCAGAUCUCCACCGUGCACGCGGCUCCGCUCGGUCAGCGCUCGGCCAGCGUGGCGCUGUCGUCCACCAGCGUGUGGAGGGACCGCGCGGGCAGCUGGGGUUGGAUGCUGUCCGCAUUCAUCCUCCUCAAUGUGCUCAUCUUGGGCUGCGCGCUGGUCAGCGGGAGCGUUUUCAACGGCGUGCAGGUGAGCAACAUGCACGUGCAGGUCUUCCUCAUCAUCAUCAUCAUCCCCACCACGGCCUGGAUGCUCUUCUACAAGGCGUACACGUGCCGCGAAGAGGAGGCCGUUCUCUACAAGGACGUGCACGCGGGACCCGUGUGGCUCAGAGGUGGUCUGGUGCUGUUUGGAGUCUGUAGUUUAAUCAUGGACGUUUUCAAGAUUGCCUACUAUGUGGGUUAUGCACAUUGUGACUCACCUGUGAAAAUCGUGUUCCCUGUUGUGCAAGCUGUGUUUAUUCUGGUGCAGACUUACUUCCUCUGGCUCCAUGCGAAGGACUGCGUCCAAGUUCAGAGAAACGUAACUCGCUGUGGACUGAUGCUCACCUUGGCCACAAACCUGAUGCUGUGGAUGAUGGCUGUUACAGAGGAGUCACUACAUCAAACCGUGUAUCCUGACAGCAACACUAACCACACCUCCCGUACUCUUUUACUCAAAGCUGCGGCUGCUGAUGGAGACAACAGCUGCCAGUGUAGUCACACGUCCUGCAGCAUCUUCGAGCACGCCUACUACUACCUCUACCCCUUCAACAUCGAAUACAGCCUGUUUGCCUCGGCCAUGACCUACGUGAUGUGGAAGAAUGUGGGCCGGCUGGUGGACGAUCACCCACCUCACGAGCACAGCUUCCACCUGCGUGAUGUCCUGCUAGGCCCAGCUGGCGGGCUGGUGGUGGUUGUGGCCGGCAUAGCCACCUUCGUGGUCUACGAAGUGGACGUGUUAGCCGAGGAGGAGGAGAAGAGGGACACAGCGCUGACCAUGUACUACAUCACCAACACGGUGACCAUCAUACUAAUGACGAUAUUCACUGUAGCUGGAUGCGUCAUCUUCCGGCUGGAGCGGCGGGAGCACGCGUCAGGCAAGAACCCCACACGCAGCCUAGACAUGGGGCUCCUUGUGGGGUCCUCCAUGGGCCAGUUCACUGUCUCCUACUUCACCAUAGUAGCUGUUCUGGGCUCGGGAAUAGAUGGCCACGUCAACGCCCUCAACCUGGCCUGGUCCAUUCUGACCGUGGUGGAGCUGUGUGUGCAGAACGUCUUCAUCAUCGAGGGCAUCCGGCGCGAGCCACAUCAUGAUGUGCGUCGGGCCAGCAUCUUUUCCAACCUGUUGGCCCUCCAUGCACAAGAGGAACGAAGGUCCAGCCACAUCCCUAUGUCCCCCCGCAGCUCCAUCGCCAUCCCUGUCCACAAGCCCCUGCCCUGGAAGAGGAGGAUGCUGAAGGAGAUCUCUGCCUUCCUGCUGCUUUCCAACAUUAUUCUUUGGAUCAUGCCUGCUUUUGGAGCACGACCGCAGUUUGACAACCCCAUCGGAACAGACUUCUAUGAGUUUCACAUGUGGGUGGCUGUGGUGAAUGUCGGAUUACCUUUUGGAAUCUUCUACCGAAUGCACUCAGUAGCCAGUCUAUUUGAGGUGUACCUCACCUCAUGAACAGCUUGGACAACAGUGGCCCUUAUUUUAUAAAACUGACAUUUUGUACCGGAUAUUAUGUAUUUUAUAGUGUCAACCUGUUUGUUUUUGUCUUUAUUUUUAUUUGGCAAGUGAAUGACAAGCUUGCAUAAAGCUUUGUAUGUGUGUUUGUUUCUGAAUAUACUUGACUAUGUACAGCUUGAAAUAUUUAUGCAACGAAUACUUGUACAAUAACUUUAUUGUAAACUUUAAGCUUUUGCACUUCUGAUAAGGCCAUCACUUUUUUAAGCAACAUAAAAUCAAGCAUUUAAGCAUGCUUGUCUGUGGGCUCAGUUUUAAUGAUUGCUGAACUUUUUAUAUAGAGUGGAAACACUGCCUUCACUAUGACCUCUUUUGAUAUAUUUCAUUUUCCUUUAUUAUUACUGAGUGCAAUAUCAAUCUAAGGAGAUCUCUGUGAGCAGGAAACAUGCUGUUGACAUCAAAUUAAAGAAACAGUGAUGUGGAGAA